CCCCUAACCGCAACAUUGAAUCUCACUCUCGUCCUUCUCCUUUUCCGCUGUCGUUUCACCUCUCCGCCCCGUACUCCCUCGCCGUCGCCGGUGACUGGAAUUUUGGGUAUUUGGGGCUGAAUCUUGGGUUACUGUUGUCGCCGGGAAAAUCCGGGAGUCUGCUCUUAUGACGGUGAUACGAGAAUUAGAGGCAUAUCGGUGACCCACCAAGGAAUUUUGAUCGCCUGAUCGGCAAACUCUUGAGUGAUGGAUGAUCAGAGACGGGCGCUCUGCCUGGAGAACCAAGGAUUAGCGGAUUUCAUGUUGCGGACGAAGCGAGAGCUGGCCGAGAAGCCCAAGGGUUUGUCGGAAAAUCAGGAAACGAUCAUUUACAGGGCGCAUAGGAAUGUUUGCAAUGCAAAGGAUCCGAUCAGGACUCUCAAGGACUUGUCGCAGAUCAAAGGUGUUGGCAAGUGGAUGCUAAAGCUCCUGCAAGGAUAUUUUGAUACUGGAGCUGGAAGUUCUGAACAAGAAGUUCUGACUGAGAAUUGUGUUGUUGGAAAUGCUAAGGCAAGGAAACGAUAUAUUCCACAGAGGAAUUCAGUGGCCUAUGCGAUGUUAAUUGCAUUGCACAGAGGGACGGUGAAAGGACAGGAGUUCAUGCGUAAACAAGAGCUUAUUGAUGCGGCCGAAGCAAGUGGGCUUUCACGGGUUCCCAUCGCGCCAGAGAAAGGAAAAGGGAACAGAGGGCAGUUUGGAAGCUCGCCAAGGGACUGGUACACUGGAUGGAAUUGCAUGAAGACUUUGAUAGGGAAGGGGUUGGUGGUGAAAUCUAGUUGCCCAGCAAAGUACAUGCUGACAGAGGAAGGUCGGGAGGUAGCAAAAGAAUGCAUCGCACGAUCUGGUUUAUCAGAUUCCCUUGAGAUCUCAGAUUGCGAGGAAACAGAUCAUGUGCAGCAAUCAAGCAGAACAUCUGAUCAAAAUUUUGUCUCCUCUAGUACCCCAACAGAAGAACUGCCAUUUGCUGACCUAAGAUCAAGGGAGCCAAUAAAUAUCCCAAUUGAAACUCUUGAGAAGUUUACCCGGAUUGGUUAUUCCAAGGAACAAGUCAUUGCUGCGUUCAGAGACGUUUCAUACACUUCCCCAGAUGAAGAUGCAUCAUCGCUCUGGCUAUCUGUAAUGUGUCAUCUUCGUGAAACGGAAGUUUAUAAUUCACAUUCAGAACCUAAAAAUAAAAGAAAAGAUUCGGGAAUUUCCUCUGGGGCGCAAACCUGUCCAGUUGUUGUUAGUGAGCGUGCAGUUGAUAUUGAUGGAACUCAAAAUAUGCGUCUGCAUUCUUGCGAUGCUCAAUACACACUUAGACCUUGCUCAUCUGGUCCAGUUCAUGCCUUGAGAUCCUGCUCAUCCAUUCCAGCUUCAGGUGGAACCAAAAGAACUGCAAAUAUUUUAAGCGUGCCUCCUCUGGAUUUUGGGGAGGUUUUUGAGGAUGCAUAUGAAGUGGCCCUAAUACUGGAUGACCGAGAACAAUUUGCCACUAUGGGAUCUCGCUCCAGGAGAAUUAUUGACAACAUAUGCUCCGAAUUUAAGAUCAAAAUUCAGGUUAGACGCCUACCAGUUGGAGAUGGUAUUUGGAUAGCUCGGCAUAAGUACCUUGGCACUGAAUUUGUUUUGGACUUCAUUGUUGAGAGGAAGAAAGUUGAUGAUUUACGUUCAUCAAUAAGAGACAAUCGUUACAGGGAUCAAAAACUCCGACUUCAGAGGUCGGGGCUCAAGAAGCUGAUCUACAUUGUUGAAGGGGAUCCAAACACUUCCGAUGCUGCAGAAAGUAUUAAGACAGCUUGUUUCACGACAGAGAUUCUGGAGGGAUUUGAUGUGCUGAGGACUACUGGUCUUGGUGACACUUUAAGGAAAUAUGGUUUUCUUACUCAUGCAAUAUACCAGUUUUACAAGUCAUGGAUAAUUGACGACCAGAACAAUGACACAGUCCCAUGUCCUCCUUUUGAUAAAUUUAUCGAACGCUGUCAGGAUCUCGAUAAAAUGACAAUCAGUGAUGUAUUUGCCAUUCAGCUUAUGCAGGUUCCACAUGUAACUGAGGACAUUGCAGUAGCUGUUCUUGAUAUGUACCCGACACUUCUAUCUCUUGCUUCUGCCUAUUCUCGCCUUGAAGGGGAUGUCUCGGCGCAAGAAGAAUUGCUGAGGAAGCAGAGCAACAACGUGGUCAGUGCAACGGCUAGUAAGAACAUUUUCCGGUUAGUUUGGAAUGACUGAUUAGUAUUUCGGGCAUUGCCUUCUAUGGCUUUGUGUAGAUUUCCAGUGCUGCUUAGUAUUUCGGGUAUAGUUUAGACAUUGCGGUAAGAAAGGAAAAAAACACUUGUGCUUAUUACUCAAAUCUUGGCUUAGAAGUGUACAACAGUCACAUUGUAUUCAA